UUUUUUGCAGCUCGGUCUCACGACAUUCACGCGAAUGCGCACUAGCCGAUGGCACUAGACCAUUGAACACUUUUUGAAGCUCAUAUUCGAGCAAAAUGGUUUUUCUCGAGAGGCUCCACAAGAUGGAUUGUCAUCUCCCAGCUCAGCAGGACCCAGGUGCCACUGAUGCUGUAAUUGGCCAGGAUCCAAUGAUUACAGGGCAGCUCAGCAAGCCCCUGCUCUCCCUGCGCAGCGAGGCGAGCGGCGCCGAGCCGCGGGGCGACGGCACGGCGGCCACCCCGGACAGCGAGCUCAAUGAGCCCCUGCUGCUGCCGGCCGAGGCCGCCGACGGCGAGGACGCUCCCGGCAAGCUCUUCGGGGCCCGUGGAGGCUUUUCCCAGUCUGAAGCCAGCAGCAGUCCCUCAGAUCAGACUCAGCUCAACCAAUCACACCCUGCCUACCCAGUAGGUCCACAGUCUCUGUUGGCGGCCCAGCAGUUGGCAUCAGCGGUGGCAGGGGUGAUGCCCGGGGGAGGUCCGGGCCUCAACCAGCCCAUUCUUAUCCCCUUCAACAUGGCCGGGCAGCUGGGAGGACAGCAGGGCCUGGUGCUCACGUUGCCCACCGCCAACCUCGCCAACAUCCAGGGGCUGGUGGCAGCUGCGGCGGCCGGUGGCAUCAUGACCUUACCAUUGCAGAACCUACAAGCUACCUCAUCCCUGAACUCGCAGCUCCAGCACCUGCAGCAGCUGCAACAACUACAACACCAGCAACACCAGCAGCAGCAGCAGCAGCAGCAACAGCAGCAACAGCAGCAGCAGCAACAGCACCCGGGACAGACGCACCCCCAUUCCCACAAUCAGCUGACGGCCCAGCAUCCGCAGCCUCCGUCCAACCAGCAGCAGUGCUCGUCAUCCUCCUCCUCCUCCUCGUCCUCCGCCUCCUCCACUUCGUCCUCCCAUGGCGCUGUCCAGCCCCCGCAGUCCCUCCCCGGAGCCGCCUCCCCCCCGCACAAACAGAACCACUCGCCGGCUCGCAGCCUGCCCUCCCCGGUCACCCCGCCCACCCCCCUCCAGCUGAACCCGUUAGCCAGCCAGGCGGCGGCGGCGGCGGCGGCAGCGGCGGCCAUGAGCUCCAUCGCCGGCUCCCCGGCCUUCGGCAACGCCCUCCCGGGCCUGCAGGGAGCCUCUGGGCAGCUGGUCACCAACGCGCAGGGACAGAUCAUUGGAACGAUCCCACUGAUGCCAAACUCUGCUGGGCCCUCAAGCCAAUCAGGGACCGGGACUCCAGGGCUGCAGGUCCAGCCAAUCAUGCCGCAGCUCCUGACCAAUGCCCAAGGCCAGAUAAUUGCCACUGUCAUUGGCAACCAGAUCCUGCCAGUCAUCAACACCCAGGGAAUUACACUGUCACCUAUAAAACCAGGACAACAGCUGCCUCAGGCACAGCAGGGACAAACAGGCCCUGCAUCCUCCCAGGCCAGCCUCCUCCACCUGCCACACAGCCAGGCCUCUCUGUCCCAGAGUCCCAUGCGUCAGCCCUCUUCCUCCUCCUCCAGCUCCUCUUCUUCAUCUGCCCUCAGUGUUGGGCAGCUGGUCAGCAAUCCACAGACCGCUCCUAGUGAAGUGGAUGGGGUCAACCUGGAGGAGAUCCGCGAAUUUGCCAAAGCUUUCAAGAUCCGCCGCCUGUCCCUGGGCCUGACGCAAACUCAGGUGGGCCAGGCCCUUAGUGCCACCGAGGGACCUGCUUACAGCCAGUCUGCCAUCUGCAGACACACCAUCCUGAGAAGCCACUUUUUCCUACCACAGGAAGCCCAAGAGAACACUAUAGCUAGCAGUCUGACAGCCAAACUGAACCCUGGCCUUUUAUAUCCUGCCAGGUUCGAGAAGUUGGACAUCACCCCAAAAAGCGCCCAGAAGAUUAAGCCCGUUCUUGAGCGCUGGAUGGCCGAGGCCGAGGCCCGCCACCGCUCCGGAAUGCAGAACCUGACCGAGUUUAUCGGCAGCGAGCCCUCUAAAAAGCGCAAGAGGAGGACCUCUUUCACCCCGCAAGCGCUGGAGAUUCUCAACAGCCACUUUGAGAAGAACACGCACCCCUCUGGUCAGGAAAUGACGGAAAUCGCGGAAAAACUGAACUAUGACCGGGAAGUCGUCCGCGUCUGGUUUUGCAACAAGAGGCAAGCGCUUAAAAACACGAUAAAGCGGCUAAAACAGCCAGAGCUCGUCUCCGCUGCCCCGAUGGACCCGCUCACUGACUCAAUGGAGGAGCACCCGUAAAACAAAUACCAAAACUCAACGGAAAGCAAACACUAAUUCCCAAAUAUAAAAGGAACAAUCCCAGCUGAUUAUAGACUAAGAACCAUUUGAGGACUGUCACUGCUGAAUACUAUUUUUCUUCUGCAAUGACAACUUGAUAAUACAACAAUUAACAAAGACUACAAAUAUAACUUCACCAAUGUUGUCAGUAAUUGCUACAAGCAAUUGCUUAAAGGACUGAACACCAAACAAAAACCAAAAACAACAUGGGGCAAAUAGUUUUUUUUUCUGAAAAUGUACAAAGGAAAUCACAUGAAAGAGGUUCACAAGUGGUUUUACGGUGGUUUUGCCAAGCCUGCUUUGAGGAAUAACCGAAAAAUUGACUCUUCUUAGAUGCCUCAUUUCAGGACGUAAUCGAGAAAUUAUCCUGAGAUAAAGGACAAACAAAACAAAAACAAAAAAACAAAAAAACAUAACUAUUAACCAAAGUUUGUUGCAUUAAAAUCCUGAUAACAAUUUCUUUUUUUAGGUGUAAAUGUGUUAUAAAUUUUUACAUUUGUACUCACAAAAAAAAAAAAAAAAAAUUAAAUAACAAUGUUUGGGCUUGGGUAAUGUUUUUUUUUAUGUUUUAGUCCCAUGUCUCACUAGACUUGGACCACAAGUUUAGUGCUUGUGUUUAUAUGUAAAUAUCAAUGGUGUUCUCUUGUUUUAAUAUUCAAACCUACAGUGUUACGUCAACAUACUGACCGAUCAUUGACAUUGCUGCCAUGUCAGCAAUGCCGUGUCAAUAGUUUCCUUUAUGUUGACAUUUUUUCAGUCACAAUAUGGCUUUGUAAAAAUUGUACAGGUAUUUAUUAAUUUUAUAAGAUUGUCUAUGUGUGGGAGCAAGAUAAUAAACAGGAGCCUGGUCCAAAAUGUCAAGGGAAUUUUCCAAUGGUGGAUCUAGAGAGGGGUUUUGUUUCUGCUUGUCCUUCAGUGUGUUAACCCAGUACCACUCUUGUGGUAUCUGGAGCAAUUCUGUUCUAUUGCCAAAGCCUGAUAGCCAAAGAAUAUAUUUCUGGGCCCAAGGACUUGUGCAGAUUCAACCUUGGCCAAAAAACACCACAAGAUUUUUUUUAUUGCUUAUUCCUUUUUAUGUCUUUAAACUCAUUUUUUUCCCUUUAUGCUCACUGAUGAAAUUCAGGUGUAUUUUAUAUGCUGUAUUCAACCACACAAAGAGAGAGGUCGCCGGAAUGCCAAAUUACAUUUCUUUAGGAGAAAAAAUACAUCAUCAUGUCAAAUGAAAUUUGCUCUCAGUUCUGACAGAUGUAGAAAAUGCUCUGAAAGUGCAAAGAAGCCCUUGAGUUGAAGCCACCUCAAAGAUUUCCUUAAAGUUUCUGAGUUCCACUUUCUCUCUUUAAUGUAACUUUAUAUAUAGCUUUUGCUUUACAAAUUAACCCUGGCCGACCCUACUGAGCUUCAAUAGAGGCUAGGUUUCAAGUAAAAACAGAUUUUAAAAAAAACUAUGACAUUGGUAGUAAACAACACACAAGGUUUGUGUGACCAAUGGCAAUUGCAGGUUUGACAUUAUACCAGAAAGUGUGCCAGUAUUCAGCAAAAUUGUUUUUCCCUGGCUUUACCUAAAGAAAUGUACUUCCAGAACACCUUUGUUAAUGGAGUUCCAAUUUGCUAAUUUAUUUAUUUUUUUGUAUCUCAUUGUUUGGUUUUUAAUUUCUUCAUCAAGUGACUGAGUUAGAAGUUAUGUUUAUGUCUCAGCUUUCUGUGCAUUAAUUUUAAAGAAUAUUCAGCUGAGUGAGGUUGCUACUUCAAGGCAGUAGCUAUGGGCUUAUUUUAACCACUCUGAAUGCAAUAUUAGUGUUGUAAUCCGUUCACAUCACACAAAUAUGGUGAUUUAUUCUUGUUAGAGUGCUUUUUUGUUUUAUAGUGAAUUAAUUCAUUGUGUAGCAGGAGUCCACUCGCCUAGUGAACAUUUCACUUUUUUAACCAUUAAUUUCUUGAAACCUACACAAUACAUUCUUCACCACCCCUAUUGAGGCUUGCUAUAAAAUAGACUUUUUACUUGCUUUUUUUCGUUACUUGCUCUUCAAACUAGAAGACAGAACUAUUAACAACA